AGGUGGCGGUGUUUUGCGCCUCGACAGCAGGAAGUUAAAAAAACAUCCACAUCACAUCCGUGAAACAGCACAGCAACAAAAGGUCUGAGACAGUCCGAUCAAAGUUCAGAUCAGACCGUCUGUAGAUGCCAUCUGGAGCUCAGAAGGGGGAGAACUGUCUUGUAGACAUGGACAGCAAGGCUGGAGAUCUGUUCAGUGCUGAGGAUGCUCAUCCAACAGGCACAGGUGGAGCUGGAAUCAUGGCAAAGCUCUGGCUCCCCAAAGGCUUCUCAGUCAGUAUGGCUAAGGAGUGGAUCGACAGGCGUCGAGUGUCCAUUCGACCUUGGGCCAGCUUUGUGGACCAACGCAAGUUUUCAAAACCCCGAAACUUUGGAGAGAUGUGUCAGAGGGUGGUGAAAAAUGUGGAAAUUUACAACAGCAAUUAUACCUUCAUCUUCCUCGGUCUCAUCCUCUACUGCAUUAUCAGCUCUCCAAUGCUACUGAUUGCCUUGGCUGUGUUCGUUGGUGCCUUCUACAUAAUUCACCUCAAGUCCCUGGAAUCCAAACUUGUUGUCCUUGGCAAGGAGCUGACUGUCCCUCACCAGAUGAGUCUGGCUGGAGCUGUUUCUCUACCGGUGUUCUGGUUGGCCGGAGCUGGAGCUGCAGUGUUUUGGGUUCUGGGAGCGACGCUGUUUGUGAUUGGCUCUCAUGCUGCGUUCCGGGAGCUGGAGGGAUCCGACAUGGAAGAGCUCCUCAUGGAGCCUGUGUGAAGAGCUUGCUGAACUCUCAGCAGGUGCUGGUCAAUGAUCAGUCAUCACUUUGACCCUGUAAUCAUGUUACUGGAGGGGUUGAGGAAACCUGCUCCCAGAUCUGUUCCUUUGCUAUGUGUGCAACCCGUGUUCCUUCUAUCUUAUCUAUGCCAGUAUACCAAGAAUGCACCUUGUCUUGCCUUUAAAGUAGUCAUUGUUACAAACUGUAUUGCCUUUUUCAAACUCAUUCAUACACAUAACACAAAUAAUUAAUUUGUUAAUGAGUAUUUAAGGACAUUAUCAUACGGGUUAUAUGCUUUUCUUUAAAUUUUUUAUACCUUGGAUGCCUCUGGUUUGUGUCAAAUAGCCUCUGGCUCCCUGCAAUGUCCCUUAUACAGUGACGCAUCUUUAUUAAUCUCUUAGGACUAUUUGUGCUGUACUCUCUGCUGUAGAUAUCUUCAGUAAUAGCUUCUGUAUCUAAACUAUCUGAAAAGAUUGCUGAUUUCUUAUGUCAAGAUAAUGUAAACAGUAUACGUGCAAUGUUUGCAAUUCUAAACUGCUAAAAAUAAUUUAUUUUCCAAAGGAAAAGUGCCAUUUCAAGCUUUAAAAAAUAUGGUUCUUAUAAUGAUCAUGCACAAUACAUGUUUAUUCAAGACAAUACAAAAUGCUAUUGGGUAUAUCAGAUAGGGUACUUGACAUAGAUAAGUUGAUGAUAAGGUAUCUAAGGUCAGUACAUUAGUAAUGGUGUUUUGUAUUUGGAAUAAUGUGGUACUUUGCUGACUGUCUGUAUGCAUAUUUAUCAGCUCUACUUACAACAUUCAGAUUUUAAGGACAUUCUGUAAACCUGAAAUAUUCCUUUCUUUAAAUUCAUUAUUCAUUUGUUUACAUUUUUAUGUAAGUUGGGUGUUUUGUAUUUAAAUUACAUUUUGGAAGUGCAAUAAACCCCUGAUAUAAAGAUA